GUGACACUGUUGCUGCUCCUCAUCAUCAUAAAGUUACACCUGCAUGUCCUGGAGUAAAAGCGGAAAAUGCAGAUUCUAUUUCUGCCCUGGAAAAAGAUUGUUUAAAGAGUUCUUUUCCCUUAAAUGAAAUCUGCAGCCCCCAGAAACAAACGGGUCUGGUACAAAUGAGACCAAAAGGACUGAGCUUGAAAGAAGAAGCAGCCCCAAAAAACGACUCGGCACCACAAGAGUACUGUGAACUACAGUUUUCCCCCAUUACUUUCUAUGGGAGAAAAGCUCCAGGCUGCAGUAAUUUGUUCCUUUACUUGCAAGUAAGAGAACUGGAUGCUGAAAAGGUUAUCGGUAUAGACUCUGUCUGGGAGUGCAGAGGGAUAUGUCUGGACACUUUCUUUCUGUGUGAAAGUUGUGAAAAAACCAUCUUAUGCCGCAACAUCUUUGAACAUAUGACCAACCUUAGCCACCAACUCGAAUACAUGAGGAAAAGGCAUCCUGAGUUUCUGAAGAUAUUCUGGCUGCAGAAGGAUCUUCCUCAAGCAUUACAAAUGAACAUUUUGCGAGAAGUUGUCAGAAGGCUGGCAGAGCGUGACCGUGCCUUUAAGGUUGAUGCAAAGUGCAUAAUACUGAAACAAGAGUUGCAUCAGUUUGUCAGGACGGCUCAAUUCAAUGAAGCUUUGAAAAUUGUGCGGAAUAUCCUUAGCGAAGAGAAAACAACGUUCCAUCUAUCAUCCGGUCUUGCAGCCAAGGCUGAAGAGAAAGGCAAGCGCAGUAAUCUGGAAGACAGUUUCAUUGUUGGAGCAUCAGCAGUGGUAAAAGCCUUUAGCCCUGUGAAAAUGACCUCCACCUCUUUAAAGACUAAUCUGUUGGACCCUUCAGCCCAUGAUCCAGGAGAAACUCUGGUUCAGUUUACCAAUCCUAAUGCAUUCGUAAAGCGAGAGUUUAAAUCGGCUGUCUCCUACCCUCAAAGCUUUGGUGAGGAAUUGGUCCCAGAAACAUCCUGCAGUGCUGUCAAGAACAGCCUGUCGGCAUCCGUUGGAGCACAAACCAGAAAAAGAACAGCUGAGGUAUCUCUAAGCCUACAUCAACUGAAAUAUCCCACGCCUGCUAAACGUACAUUUCUUCUACAAAGGCUGAAGAGUGAGCCUGGUUCUCCACCCUCUAUGACCCCUCCACUGAACUCUGUUGCACCCUCUUCUUCGCUUGCUAUGAAAGAUGAAGGCUCCAGCUCCAUAAAAGCUACAUCCACUCUGGAUCAGGAUUUUCUUUUGAAGCCAAUUCCUGGCAUGAAAUGGCAAACCUCCAAGAAGAACCACCACUCUGCAUUGGCUAAGGAUCAUAUAACCGGCAUAAAGUCUGAAAUAGUGUCACGAACCUGUGAUUCAAAGUCCCAGCUUAUUAAAGCUGAGGCGGAGAUGAACCGAGCCUUUAACUCUAUAGAAGGGAACACGGUGCCAAAACCUGAUCCAGACUACAGGAAGGAACCUCUGUCCUUUGGUGCUUCAGCAGCAACCAUCUCGUCCCCUGAGGACUUUCUAGAAGGGAGCACAGUGACCAAAGUUAUACCAUUGACUGAGGUGGCUCCUUCUACUGACUUACAGAAUCUACAAUUCUUUCAUUCCCAAAAGAUCUGUAGAGUUGAGUCCUAUGGUACGUCUACCAACCAUAUCUCAGGACAAAUACCAGAUCCAAAAGGUGACCUAGAAUCUGACUGGACUCUGAUUAGUCAACCAUCUUCUUUUAAAGAUGAAAUUUUAAACCCAGAUAAACACUUCUUUCAAGGUAGCUACGAAGGACUGACUACACCUUGUUUUAACAGAAACCAUCAAAUUGGUUUCAACACUUGCCCACCACCAGCAGGCUCAUGCUGUGCUGAAGCUUUUGAAGGUUAUAAUCCACACAGCCAGUUAAGUGACAUUUCACAUCAACAAUGCAUGUACCCGAUCUACCCUCAGCCAGUCAUUCUGUUUAGUCCAACAGUUCAGUUGCUUCCAGGAGUGGGUGUUUUCCACAUCCCCUGUUACUCAUGGGCAGCAAGGAUGGGAAGGUGAUCUGUAAAGCUUUUAGACUUGUAUGAAGUUGUGAAUAAAAGUUCUCUGAGGAAUUGUUAGAAAUCAUUUAUUUUAUACCUGUUACUUCAGAUUGUUACAUUUCUUUGUGCAUAAAGAAUCACAUUUUUCAUGUGGAACUAAAAUGGUUUGUGAUGAAGAAAAUUGUUAAAGUUGCUUUUAUAUUUAACAAAGUCUGGUUUUCUUCGAGUUUGUUAUAUGUUUCUGCCCUGGAAAAACAUAGCCAAUUGUAGAUCUUGAAUUGUAUGUUGAUUAUAC